AUGACCACACUCCUCGCCUUCACGGCAACGUCGCCGGCAUGGCCCGCCAUGCCCUCCCUUACCACCAUCAACCUCGGGCGCGACAUCGCCAUGGAAGUCCUCGCCAUAGAGGAACACCAGCACCGCCUUCGGGCACUCCUACAAGAAGGAGAGGCUACGGCCGACGAGCUCAAGGAGCUCGAGACGAUUUCCGAUUCGCCUUCACCACCACCACCACCACCACCACACGGGCCCGAGCACCCGCGGCGCCUCGACGCCAACGCCAUCGCCGCCAUCAGCGUAGGCGACAUCGGAUGGGCGCCACUCCCGCGCAUGGCAGCCACCUCGCGCGACUGGUUCGUCCAGUCCGAGUACGGCCAGAUCUGCAUCAAGGUCUACCCGUUCAUCAUCGUCAAGAAGAUGGACGACUGCAUGCUCGGCAUGCCCAUCACCACCGCCGGAGGCAACGGCCUCACCAAUAAGAUGGAGUCGCUUCGUGCGCGCAGCACGUACGUCGUUGGAGCCAAUUUCCGCGGGAAAAACGAUGUCUCUUACGGUGGGGGCAUGGGGCCCGAAAAGAUGAAUCUGGAGGUGGAUCAGACGGCGGGGGCGUAUGAGCCCAGGGCGGGUGCGUUUGUGGAUGUACUGGAUACGUACCAGAUCCCGUACAACAUGAGGUGGAAGAAAGAGGGGCGCCUGACGUAUACUAGUCGGGUGGACUUGCUUCGGAUGAGGCAUGCGGUGCUGGAGAAGGAUGCGCUUGCGUGGAGGGGUUGA